CGUGGGCGGUGCCGCCGACGAUCUCUCCCAUCUACUUCGUCUUCCAGUGAGUUAGUGACCUUCACGCAGCAAUGGUCUUCGAGCUGACUUGCCGCGACGUCCUUGGAGAUGUAAGGCACCGUGUGGUGCGUUGUGGGACGAAGGUCUGAGCGAAAUAAAGUACAGAGCAAGGCGGGUGUGUCGAAGGUCGGACAUGGACAGCAUGGAUGACAAUCUUGUGCACCAGAGUAAUGUUAACAACAUCAGUGCUUCCAGGCGCACGAAAACACUCGCAAGGGCCAUCGCCAUGAAGUCAUGAUCUUGAUCAAUCGCCAUCCCAGACGCCUAUCCGUCAGAACAAGCGUAGCGUAGAACACAACGUCCGCGCAAAGAUUGACGAAGCGGAACAGCAUCUGCACAUCGGUACACCAGCAGCACAUCGGCAACGCCCGACAAGGGCCAAGAUGCAAGGCGUGGCUGCCGCGCAUCGAGCAUGGGCAAACUCAGGAACAAUCUGAACAAGGCGCUGCUGGUGGAUCCAUCUCAUCAACCGAUGACAACCCAUGCGCUGGAGCGUACCAGGAGCGCAUGGACUGGACGGGGACAUACGAGAACGACGAAAUGAAAAGCAUCGGGGGAAUCGAACCGACUGUGACCAACAGCAACAACAGUAUGAUACGGGACCGAGAAAUCGUGGAGCAAGCCCGGGAAAGUUUGCGCGAGACUCGCGCCGACACAAAGGAAACGGGUAUGUGCUUGAGCUGUCUCGCACGGAGCUAACAUCGUAGUGUUGUGGGGUUUCGGUCUGGCUGAGGCGAUUGGCAUCAACUUGUACUCAAGGUUUUAGAAGAGCUCGAUAAAGACCAAAAGCACAUCGAAGUAACGUGAACGAGCUAGUAUACAGGGGUGGCAUUCAGGUACUUUGGGACCUGUGGUCGCAUGGGCGGGAAUGGAACGACCGCUGAUGGGGUCUGCUCAUCCUUCGCAUCUCAGUGAAGUGGGUUCGUUCUGUCGCAAGCAGACCAUGAUGGGUGCGGCGCGUCGUGGAAGCCGCAACUCCGCGCUCCACAGAAGCGAGGGUGCAAUCCGAACUGGAUUCACCUGCCAGCUCGUGCAAGCUCCAAGGGUCGCCUCUGCUUACCUCUGUGUCCAAGGCCUCCCAGAUGUAGUCGUCGAUGUACCCUACAACCGCGAGUCGGGUGAAACCUCAAGCUCUCUGAUGGGACCAGGUAGAGAUGAUAUUGAGUGUGUUGUGCUUCAGCCAAGUGCAUGCGGUGGUAUGUUACGACGUCAUCUCUCUUUGAUCCAGCAUGCUCGACGAUGAGUGAACGAUAUCCACACACGCUAGUGCCCCUGGGUCUCAGCAGCUUGCCUUCUUCCGCAAGUGUCUCCGAUAUGCG